AUGAAUAUCUUCAAUCCGAAGAUUCUCGACGCCAGCAUUCGCGACGUUGCUCUUUGCUUGUCUGACAACCAAAAGGCCGACUUGUUGCUCUACGCAUUGGGCAAUCUUCCUCAAGACACGGGCUCCCGUUCCGUAUUCGAGAAUGCAAUCCACUCAGUGCUGCAAGUGACUUCACUGUCUGCCCAUAACACUGCCCGUGCGCGCAUUUUACGAGCAAAAAGGCGGAUUUCAGCAGGAUAUCAAGUUGCUGCACAGGAAGACCUCCAAGCUGCAUUAGUAGCAGAGCCCGACAAUCCUGAGGCAAAAGCAUUGCUCCAUAACCGCUCUGUCUCCGUGGAAAAGCUUCUUUCCCCCGUACUCCCAAGCAGCAAGGGUCGCUUCUCAGACGAGAUAUGGCGAGAAAUUGCCUUGUGGCUUCCCAGAAAAGACCUUAAAACGCUUUUAUUUGUUCCUAACGCUCUUUCUCGAGUCGCGGGCCAACUGUUGUUCCGAAAACUCGACCUGCAUCUUUCCGUUCCUCCCGACGAGGAUACCAUCACAAACCCGGGCAUUAUUCCAAGCUAUGCAAGGCGGACAGCGGACAUCCUUUCACGCGUUAUAGUGGACCCUUCCUUCGGCGGUUUUGUGAGGACACUGCGAGUCUACUCGUAUGCAGUUGGGAAAGACGAUUCCAUGGCUUUCCAAAUAGGGAUGCUAGCCAAUGCCCUUCACAAGCUCGUCAAUCUUCGGAAUGUAUACAUCUCAGCGUUAUCAGAAAACACCAUGCCGCUGCUGCGUCUUUUUCAGCACUCAUCAGUCCGUCUUCGCGGCCUCGCCCUUAUAUGUCCAGAUGCGCCGGUUGAUUUGUCGGCAUUUGAAUACAAAACCCUUCACCAUCUAUCUUACUCGACACGCGAAGGCAAUCCAUCCACGACAACCGGUUUCAUUGCCCAAAAUAGAUCUCUCCGAACUGUCUCGUUGCAUAACAUGUCGUGGAUAUUCCCUUCAGACGCUCUGUCGCUCCGCAACCUUACCAGCAUCAGUUUCUCUGGACAUUUCCCUGCCAAUAGUCCUGCCUUUGCCGAUAUACUUAUGCAUGGUCGACAACUCGACUCUCUGAAUCUCACAUGCACACUCGAAUGUCUCCCCGCGGCACAAUUCAGGGCCAACCCAGACUCUCUUCCUUUCCUUCGACAUUUUGGACUCACUGUCUGUGGGGCGACUCGUCGUGGUGGCAGUACCGAUCUAUUCCCCGCCGUCGCUGCUUUCUUGCGUGAACGGACCGAGCUCAAAUCUCUUGUGCUUGUGGUCAGAGAAGAGGCCGACCAACGGACCUGUGGAUUCGAUGCCGCCGUCUGGGGCAUCCUCCCCUCACUAGGCCGCCUCCGCGCACUCACUAUAUCCUAUCCACGUGAUCUUGCAGCCAGUCUGGCUGCAUGGCUCGUUCCAAGGAGUGUCCGCUCAUUUACCUUGGAUUACGUCUCGGCCCCUCGUGAUCCAAUGCCAUUUUUGGACCAACUCCGAGCUGGUGUCCCAUCGACCUUGCGCUACGUUGGCCUUCCAGACUUUGCGUCCCGCACUCCUCGUGUUAUUGUUGAGCGUGGCUUUCCAAUGGUGCAAGUUGUGAGGCUAGGAACGUCCCAUUGGCAAGCUGUGCGGAGCAUGGAAGGAGGAAGCAUCACAGAUGUCAUUCCUUCACCAGCAAAGAGUGCUGGCGCCGUUCGAGAGUGGCUCGAAUGGCUUGGGUGCGAAGACGCUGUACGCGAGGUCGAGUUGGAUCAUUUUUUUUGA